CCAUAUAAUUUCUUCAAUUCAUUCCUCUUUAACCAUCUCCGCCACUUUCACCCUCGUAAUUACUCCAAUCAACCCUCGAUUUCAAGCCCACUGAUCGCACACAUGGUCGAGCAAGCCCAAUCCCAACUCCAAAGUCAGCCGCAGUCGCAGUCGCAGUCGCAGGCACAGCCACAGCCACAGCCGCAGCCGCAGCCGCAGCCGCAGGCCCAAUCCCAACCCCUGCCCCAAAUUCAACCACAAGCUCACCAUGAAAACGCCCUCGCCAUCAUUCCCACCGACACCCCAAUCUCCACCGACAUAGUCAUUGUUCCUCCGCAUACGACUUCGCCCCCUUCAAAAAUCCCGUUCCGUCCUCGGAAAAUCCGCAAAUUGUCUCCCGAUAAUGGCACGGACCCCACCAGUUCCUCUCAACAAAUCGUAACGACCAAAACAGAACCCACCAAAACCACAUCAUCAAAAUCUUCGAAAUCCCGGACCACUCAACAUCAACCAGCCCUAACGGUUCCCAGGAUUAUCGCGCGACCGUUAUCCUCAGAAGGCGAGGUCGACGUCGCGAUACGACAUCUCCGAAACGCGGAUCCACUCUUAGCUUCAUUAAUCGACCUACACCCGCCUCCAACUUUCGAUUCGUUUCAUACUCCGUUUUUAGCCCUAACUCGAAGUAUCCUUUAUCAGCAGCUGGCUUUUAAGGCUGGCACGUCGAUCUACACGCGCUUUAUCGCACUUUGUGGUGGCGAGGCUGGAGUGGUUCCUGAGGCAGUUCUUGCUUUAACCCCUCAACAGCUCCGACAAAUCGGAGUUUCGGGACGAAAGGCGAGUUACCUUCACGAUCUAGCUAGAAAGUAUCAAAAUGGGAUAUUAUCUGAUGCAGCGAUUGUAAAUAUGGACGAUAAAUCGCUUUUCACAAUGCUUACGAUGGUUAAUGGAAUUGGGUCGUGGUCUGUGCAUAUGUUCAUGAUUUUCUCGCUUCAUAGACCGGACGUUCUCCCUAUCAAUGAUCUCGGUGUGAGAAAAGGAGUUCAGUUGCUUUAUAAUUUGGAUGAGUUGCCAAGGCCGUCCCAGAUGGACCUGCUUUGUGAGAAAUGGAGGCCGUAUAGGUCGGUGGCUUCGUGGUAUCUGUGGAGGUUUGUGGAAGCUAAAGGGGCGCCUUGCAGUGCGGCGGCAGUGGCAGCAGGAGUGGCGCUGCCUCAACCACAGCAAGAGGAGCAACAGCAACAGCAUCAGCAGCAGCCGCAGCUUAUGGAUCAGAUAAAUAGCCUCAUAAACAUCGGGGCUUGUGCUUGGGGACAAUAAUGAGGGGAAUUGAGAGAAGUUUGGUUUUUGAAGUGAAGCGCUUAAAAGCAAUGCUGAUAUACUCAUCGGAAAUUUGGCAGCUGGAAGUUAGGACAUUCAAGGCCUUGAGUAUUUUGAGUUUGUAUCCGGUAAUUCUGCUCUGAGAAUAAAUAAAAAUCAUAUGUGCUCAAGUUCUUUUGCGGCAGUACACAAUCUUCAGCCUCCAGUUUUCUCUUGUAGGAUAUUAUAGAAUGAAAUGCUUGAAUGCUUUGACCCUGGAAUGUGAUUGGGCACCUUUGUUGAACUUCAGUGUAUCUCCAUUGCAUCUUUGUAAAUCUUGACUACAUUACUCAUGUUUGAACCGGACUCUGAGCUUUCUAUUUAAAUAUGCACUUGAUUGAAUA